GUUUCGUUGUCCAAGCAUCAGUUCUAACAAUCCUACGCAAUUUGCGGUUUUAAAACAAUAUUAAUAAAAAUACAACACAGUUAAAUCACAAAAAUGGUCGCCAAGUUAUCGGUCGUUGUUGCUCUCGCCAUGGUACGUACGGUCUUUUAUUAUAAUAAAAAAUUAUCUCUAAAAUAUAUUAUAUUCUGAAAUGUUAUCAUUCGUGUGUAAUAUUUCGAUCGUCCGGUACUUUAAAAUUAUUUUUACACUUAAUUUAUUUUCUUCUCGGCCUUAACCUCUUGGAAACCAGACUGCAAAAUACAAAAUCAUCGGUCUUCCUCAAUCGCCUGCUAAACUUAUGAUGUCCGUAUCGGAAUUUUUUUUUUAAUGAUUUCUCUAACGGUUUCGAACGUUUAUAACUGAAUUCGAUAUUAAUCACGGUGUAAUAUCAAUUAUUGGGCCAUGUUGUAUUUUUUUUAAAGUCUACUCGGAACUCUCAAAAACCGUUAUAAUCUUAGUUCGUCCGCUUUUCUUAGUUGCUUUUUUGUCCUUUAACCUACAACCUACAGAUCACCCACAUUGAACAACGACAAUUUCACUGCCACAACAAGUUUCGAUAAUUAAUAACGUGCAAUGCAAUCGGUUUUUUUUUUCAGUUCAUCUGCUAUGCGUCGGCUCAAUCCGAGACGACAAAAACCGUUGUGUCCAGUACCUCGACUUACGACGGGUACGUUGCACCGUCCGGCCUUCCACUUUCGUAUUACGCGAUCGACACAAAAGCCUACAACGAUUUGAAGAAGAGCAUUUACUCGUUGAACCAGGGUUUAAAUAACAUAUGUUUCAACGCUCAAGCGGCGUACGACUACUACUCGUUAUACAAGAAUCAAGUCGUCAACCAACUGAAACUGGACGAAAAAUUGGACAAGUUCGGUAAAGCACAGAAAUUAGUGGAAGACCAAUAUCAGAAAUACCAACAGGCGUUGAAUGCCUACAAAGCUGACUUGGCUUUGAAAUCUGUUAUAACUAAGGAAGAGUAUCCCAUUGACAGUGCAUUAUUACUGUAAUUUCGACGGAACACAUAAUGUUAUCGUAUUAAUAAACUCAUACACUUAAUGUUAUAACCAAUAUAUUAUAUUAUGUCAAACAUAUUAUAACCUCAUAUUGUUUCACUCAUUUUAAAUAAAACCAUACAAUAAUGAAUUACGACAAUUUCAAACUCUAUGUUAUUUUUAUACCGCUAACUCCCGAAUCCUUGUUCUCCUCGGAAAAUACAAGUAUAAUAUUAUAAUAUUAUGAGUUAGGUGAACAACCAGCGAAAAAAUGUAACGGACCAAUGGUGUUUUAAAUUUAAAUUAAAAUUUAAUUUAAUUAUACCGGCAAUUAUUGUAUACGUUUUUCGUGAAUUUUACGAAUUUCGUUAAAAUAUGAAAUUUAAAUGCUUAAAAAAAAAAAUCCAUGAAAACGUAUGGUUACAUUAUUCAUUGGCAAUAAACAUUGUACAAAUACGUAACAGUUUCGCAUAGAUGUAUCUACUUAAAUUAUUUUAACCGUGCAUAAAUAUUUUGGAAAUUGUACCACGUCUAUACAAGCCUAAUAAAAGUAUUUUGUGAAACUUUCAGGUCUUCACGAUUAUUUUUAGCCAAAUAAAAACAAAAUAAAAGAUUUGAAAAUAGAUAAACCGUUAUUUUUAUAAACGUUCUUAUUUUGCCUAGGUACUUUUAUCCGGUUUAUGCCAGGCAGAAAAUGAGAAGAAAAAAUUAAAAACAACCUCCAAACACGUGAACUAGACAACGUUUUGAUUUUAUAAAUGA